AGGCGAGCAGAGCAGAGCGGGACUGAGUGAGAGGAGGACAGAGAGGCAGACGUGUGCACGCCAGAGCACACCAACUCCACAAAGACAAGAGAGGAGUAGAGUUUGCAAAGGAGAACAUAAGAGAAGGAAAGCAGCAUUUCUUUUUUUUUUUUUUUACCAUCAACAAACUGUGGUGGAUAUCUAACCCUCAACAAAAGAAUUCUACAAUAACAAAAAGGAUUUUUCUUUCUUUUUUUGCUGCACAGCUAAGUGGAACAUAUUAACAUUUGUUUUCGCUCUAUAUGUCUAUUUAUAUUCUACUGUGUAUUUAUAUGCACCACAAAUAAAAUCACUCUUGCGGACUUGUGAGUUGUAGCAAGGCUGUUGGAAGAAGAGAGGCAGAAAGAAGGACAUAAGGAAGUAAAAGGUUUGUUGAAGAAGCGCAGCUCCCGUGGUGGUGAAUAUGCCCAUAAGAGGAAGCUCUUUUGUGGAAGAUAUGGGCAGGCUGGCCGGGCAGCCGCUCUGGAUGUGGGUGGUGAUGCUCUGUGCCCUGCUCACUGGCAGUGCCAGUGCUUGCCCAGCCCUGUGUACCUGCAGCGGCACCACAGUGGACUGCCAUGGACUGGGUCUCAAAACCAUGCCAAGGAAUAUCCCCCGCAACACUGAAAGGCUGGAGCUGAAUGGGAACAACCUCACACGUGUCACCAAAAGUGACUUUGCCGGACUGAAGUACCUGCGAGUUCUGCAGCUGAUGGAGAAUCAGAUUACUGUGAUCGAGCGUGGGGCUUUCGAUGACAUGAAGGAGCUGGAGAGACUGCGGCUGAACCGUAAUCAACUGCAGCAGCUUCCUGAGUUACUUUUUCAGAAGAACCCGGCGCUGUCUCGACUAGAUCUGAGUGAGAACUUCAUCCAGUCCAUCCCCAGGAAAGCUUUCAGAGGAGCUACUGACAUCAAAAACCUCCAGCUGGAUAAAAACCACAUCAGCUGCAUUGAGGACGGAGCCUUCAGAGCCCUGAGAGGCCUGGAAGUGCUCACACUGAACAACAACAACAUCAGCAGCAUCCCCGUCUCCAGCUUCAACCACAUGCCCAAACUACGAACUUUCCGUCUUCACUCCAACAAUCUGAACUGCGAUUGUCACCUGGCCUGGAUGGCCCAGUGGCUCAGACAGAGGCCCACGAUUGGUCUGUUCACUCAGUGCACUGCGCCUCCAGAGCUGAGAGGCCUGAACGUGGCAGAAGUGCAGAAGCAUGAAUUCAGCUGCUCAGGACACCAGGAGUCAUCCGGCCUGCAGCCGUGCAGCAUCGGGGGAGGCUCCUGUCCGGCCAUGUGCACCUGCAGCAACAACAUAGUGGACUGCAGAGGGAAAGGUCUGACUGCCAUCCCAGCCAACCUGCCAGACAGCAUGGCCGAAAUACGCCUGGAGCAGAACGGGAUUAAGUCGGUCCCUCCCGGAGCCUUUUCUCCCUACAAGAAACUGCGUAGGAUUGACCUGAGCAACAACCAGAUCUCGGAGAUCGCCCCCGAUGCCUUCCAGGGCCUGCGCUCCCUCAACUCCCUCGUGCUGUAUGGAAAUAAGAUCACCGAUCUGCCCAAGGGGGUGUUCGAUGGCCUCUACGCCCUGCAACUGCUGUUGCUGAACGCCAAUAAGAUUCACUGUGUUCGCGCCAACGCCUUCCAGGACCUUCAGAACCUCUCGCUGCUGUCUCUCUACGACAACAAGAUCCAAACCCUCGCCAAGGGCACCUUCACUUCGCUGCGAGCGAUACAGACCCUUCACCUGGCCCAGAACCCAUUCAUAUGCGACUGCAACCUGAAGUGGCUGGCAGACUACCUGCGAUCCAACCCCAUCGAGACCAGCGGCGCCCGCUGCGCCAGUCCGCGCCGACUCGCAAACAAACGCAUCGGGCAGAUCAAGAGCAAGAAGUUCCGCUGCUCUGCCAAAGAGCAGUACGUCAUCCCAGGUACAGAGGACACCCGUCUGAAUAACGCCUGUAACAGUGACCCCGUGUGCCCGCCCAAGUGCCGCUGUGAGUCCAACGUGGUCGACUGCUCCAACCUCAAACUCACCAAGGUUCCUGAGCACAUCCCAACAUCCACCGCUGAACUUCGCCUCAACAACAACGAGAUCACAACUCUGGAGGCUACAGGAGUUUUUAAGAACCUUUCCCAGCUGAAGAAAAUCAACCUCAGCAACAACAAGAUCACAGAGAUUGAAGACGGGGCGUUUGAGGGAGCGUCAUCUGUCAACGAGCUUCACCUCACGGCCAAUCAGAUCGAUUCAGUUCGGAGCGGGAUGUUUCGCGGCCUUGAGGGCCUGCGGAUGCUGAUGCUGAGGAACAACAAGAUCAGCUGCGUCCACAACGACAGCUUCACAGGGCUCCACAACGUCCGCUUGCUUUCUCUGUACGACAACCAGCUGACCACCAUCACUCCCGGAGCGUUCGACACCCUGCAGACCCUCUCCACCCUUAACCUCCUGGCAAACUCCUUCAACUGUGACUGCCGGCUGGCCUGGCUCGGCGACUGGCUGCGGAGCAGGAAGAUCGUGACGGGAAACCCUCGCUGCCAGCGCCCGGCCUUCCUGAAAGAGAUCCCUCUGCAGGAUGUGGCUCUGCCUGACUUCCGCUGUGAGGAGGGCCAAGAGGAGUCAAGCUGUGUGCCCAGACCGCAGUGUCCCAGUGAAUGCACUUGCCUGGAGACUGUGGUGCGCUGCAGUAACAAGCACCUCCACACACUGCCCAAAGGCAUCCCCAGAAAUGUGACUGAACUGUAUCUAGAUGGAAACCAGUUCAGCGUUGUGCCAAAGGAGCUGUCAACCUUCAAGUACCUCCAGCUGGUAGACCUGAGCAACAACAGGAUCAACUCUCUGACCAAUUCAUCCUUUGCUAACAUGAGCCAGCUCACCACACUAAUCUUGAGCUACAACUCGCUGCGCUGCAUCCCCAAGAUGGCCUUCAGUGGACUGCACUCUCUACGGCUGCUGUCUCUACAUGGAAACGAGAUCUCAGAGCUUCCCGACGGCAUCUUCAAUGAUGUGGCUUCACUCUCCCAUUUAGCUAUUGGUGCCAACCCCUUGCACUGCGACUGUCACCUGCGCUGGCUGUCUGACUGGGUGAAGACCGGAUACAAAGAGCCCGGCAUCGCACGCUGCGCCGGUCCUCAGGGCAUGGAGGGCAAGCUGCUCCUCACCACGCCGGCAAAGAAGUUCGAAUGCACAGGUGAAAUGGACACCACGGUGCUGGCCAAGUGUAACCCCUGUCUGUCCAGCCCCUGCCUGAACCAAGGCGUCUGUCACAGCGACCUGGUGGAGAUCUACAGGUGCAGCUGUCCUGCAGGGUUCAAGGGUAAGAACUGUGAGGCGGGUGUGAACGCCUGCGUGAGCAGCCCGUGUGCCAACGGAGGCACCUGCCAAGUCAACGAGGACGUGGAGGGAGAGUAUAGUUGUACGUGUCCGCUGGGCUUUGAGGGCCCCACUUGCCAAAUCAACACUGACGACUGUGAAGACAACGACUGCGAGAACGGAGCAACCUGCAUCGACGGAGUCAACAACUACACUUGUUUUUGUCCCCCCUACUACACAGGGGAAAUGUGUGAAGAAAUGGAAGACGUGUGUGCUCCUGGACGGAGCCCCUGCCAGCACCAGUCAACCUGCCUCAUCACCUCCACUGGACCCAAGUGUGUGUGCUCUCCUGGUUACGUUGGCGAUGACUGCAGUGUAGACUACAACGACUGUGAGGAGCAUCGCUGCCAGAAUGGGGCUCAGUGCAUCGAUGAGCUGAACGGAUAUUCCUGCAUCUGCCCUGAAGGAUACAACGGUCAGCUGUGUGAGGUUCCCCCGUCCCCGCUGUCCCUCUGUGAGCUGGCCGACUGUCAAAACAACGCCCCCUGUGUGGAGCGAGGGGGGCACGCGCUCUGCCAGUGCCCUCCAGAGUUCGGGGGGCCGCGCUGCGAGAAGCUGGUCAGCGUCAACUUCGUCGACAGAGACUCCUACUUGCUGCUUUCUGACCUGAAGAACUGGCCUCAGGCCAACAUCACGCUGCAGGUGUCGACAGCCGAGGACAACGGGAUCCUGCUGUACAACGGAGACAAUGAUCACAUAGCGGUGGAGCUCUACCAAGGUCAUGUCAAAGUCAGUUAUGACCCCGGCAGCCAACCAGGACACGCUAUUUACAGCACGGAGACUAUCAACGACGGUCAGUUCCACACAGUGGAGCUGGUGACCUUCGACCAGAUGGUGAACCUGUCUAUUGACGGGGGUCUCCCCACCACAAUGGACAGCUUUGGGGCAGUGCGGCCCCUCAACGGGGAGGCUCCACUAUAUGUGGGGGGUAGGGGCCCUCUCCAGAACACACCUCCCUCCUCUGCAGGCAUGCCGGUGGACGUGCACGCCGGCCCCUUCCGCCUUUGGCAGAUUCAGAACGGCUCCAGUUUCCACGGCUGCAUCCAGAACCUGUACAUCAACAACGAGCUGCAGGACUUCACCAAGACCCAGAUGAAGCCCGGCGUGGUGCCGGGCUGCGAGCCCUGCAAGAAGAUCUACUGCUUGCACGGCAUCUGCCAGCCCGAUGGCGCCCAGGGACCAGUGUGCCACUGCCAGCCGGGCUGGAGCGGGCCGCACUGCGACCAGCCGGCCUCCACCCCCUGCCAGGGCAGCAAAUGUGUCCACGGGAAAUGCAUCCCACUGGACACUCAGACGUACCGCUGCGAGUGUGUGGAAGGUUACCGCGGCACCCUGUGCAACCAGCAGGGGGAGCUGUUCAACCCGUGCCGUAGACUGUCCUGUAAACACGGCCGCUGCCAGAUCUCAGACACGGGAGACGCUUACUGCCACUGUGAAAGUGGUUACACUGGGGAGCUGUGUGACGCAGAGUCCGAGUGCCGAGGGGAACCGAUGCGAGACUUCUACCAGGUCCAGCGAGGCUACGCCAUCUGCCAGACGACGCGCAUGGUCUCUUGGGUGGAGUGCAGCGGCGUGUGCGACACGGGGGCUUGCUGCGCCAGCCAGCGAAUGAAACGCCGGAAAUACACCUUCGAAUGCAGCGAUGGCACCUCCUUCAGCGAGGAAGUGGAAAAGACCAUCAAGUGUGGCUGUGUGGGCUGCAUGUAGCGCCACUCGCUCACGAUUCCCACCGCUGCCGCGGAGCAGAAGAUGGAACGAAAGGAAAGAGGGAAGGAAGGAAGAGUGAAGACGAGAAAAGCAAAGGAGGGAAAGAAAGAGAGAGAGAGAGAUUAUAAUGAAUAUAUAUAAAACCUCUAUCUAUAUAUUAUGGACAACAAUGUUUGUAAAAUAGGACAUUUCCUCCCCUUCCAAGGGUGUGUGACCUACAGUAGCACAGAGAAACCAACAUCAUGAGCAACAAUGUAGAAGAGACGACGACAACAACAAAACCAUCUGCAACAUUGUUCCGAGGAGUCCAGAGAAUUCGCUUCGGGCGACGCAUCCCUCCAACCUAAAUUGCCCAGUGUGAAUUCCCCAUCCAUCUGCAAGGCCUCUGACAGACACGCCACCAUCGACCACCUGGGAGUCCGUAGAGGCAGUGAGGGAUCAAAGCUGGAGAAGGACGGCAGAAGAAGAAGCAGAAGAAGAAGAAGAAGAAGCAUUAAGAAAGGGGAAAAGAGGAGACCCAGAGGGACACGAGGGGAGAGCUGGACCGUUUGACGUGGCAAAGCUAUCUUGAGUUGAGCUUGGCUGGGUUACCUGGACUAAGCUGGAUAUGGUUUGGGUUGAGUUGAAGUCGCGGUUGUUGGUUCGGUGCGUCAACGUCUCUGCCAGGAUACAGUCAUCCAUCCACUCACGCACAUGCAGAGGUGAACAGAGAGCGAGGAGACGGAGGGUGAGAGUGGCACAUAAUCCGGUACAGACGUGGUGGCUGGGAGGCUCGGUGGCCCGGACCGGCUGCGAGCUGCUGUAACAUACAAACUCCAUAAAAGAUAAGAGACUGCACUGACCGGCAGCACCGAGGCGGCAGUCACACACCUCUCUGAAGUACAUGAUCACACAUGCAUGGCAUACAUCCAUCCACACGGCGCCAGAGGGCUGGUUGGGGUCCGGGCGAGCCAGUCUGCUGCCGGUGGCGCUCACGGCUCUCACCAGCGCCCCCUGCCCCCCAGCAGCAUGCAUCGCCUCAGGGUCAGGCUGAUCAGCAGGACCCCGCCGGGCUCCCUUCAAUGCCUGCAGUAUUAAACUCGCGCUGUUGCAUGUGUGGAGAAGAGUUUGCAGACAAAUAGAAGUUCUUAAAAUCAUUAUAAAUGUUAUUAUAAAACAAAAGGUGGCAGAAUCAUCUUCUGGAUUUUGUUUUGUUUGGUCUAAUUUUUUUUCAUAUUGAUUUUUCGUUGUUGUUCUGUUAUAUUUUGUUAUAUUUUGUCUCAUGAUGUAACCUAACUCCUUUAGCAGCCCUGACCUUCCCCCUCAACCCUUUAUAUAGAAAUGCCUAACAGAUUCUAAUAUAUAUUAUAUAUAUUUGUAUUUCGUUUUGGUAUAGUAUUUUUCUAUGUUCAAGAGUCAGUUUCUGAAAUGUUUGGGAGGGAUGGAGAGGCAUUCAUUUGGUUCUUUAGGUGUUUUUAUUUGUUGAUCCUACGUGCUCCCACCAGGUUAAUUAAUGAAUCGAUUGGCCAAAAAAAAAAAAUGCAGCAGCUUGUGGGCCUUGCUGUAUAAGAGGCAGUAUUGGUCUAGAAAUAUGUUUAAUAUUGUAUAUGUUGUCUUCCAUGUGAAUAUCACGUCUUUUUCAUAAGAGUCUGUGCUCGUUUUUAUUUAUUUUAUCUAAAGGCAAUUUUUUUCCUGUCAAACGUGAAAGACACCUUUCUGUCUGAUGUUUUCAACACUCUCAAAAGAAAGAUUUUGAAAAGGCUAAAAAAAAAUAUUGAUCAAAGAAAUAAGCAAAAAAGGUAUUUGAAACAUCACUCGCUAAUGACAGUGUUUCCCUCCUCUUGCUCAGACAUUCCUCAUUUCCUGCAUCAGAAUAAGAAAUACCCACACAAGCACACUCUUAAGGCUUCCUUGUGUUUGAAGCUUUCGGGUACAUUUCAGUCAAUUUCCACGAUCAUUCAGAUCUGCCAUCUUUCAAAAGGUGAUUGUUUUAUUUCUUUUUUUUUAUUGUUAUUAUUUCAACUGAGUGGAAAAAAGAAGAAAAAAAAAGAGUCAAGCUCAACUGAUCAUAAGCUGCUGUCAAGCCACAAGAAACAGGAUGAAGUUGCCUCUGUGGACAUGUUGAAAGGUAUAAUCAUCCUCGAUCUCCUUUAAAUAGGCGACUGUGUGAAGCAUUACAUGCUUGCUGCUGACAGAUUCCAAACAAGGUCUGGACAUUUUAUGAUGCCUGUCAGUUCUGACUGUCCGUACAAAAAAAAAAAAAAGAAGAAGAA